AUGGGAGACCAAGGAAGCCUCCCACUCAAUUCGUGGGACAGCCACAUGCAUAUUGUUGAUCCCAUUAAAUACCCGCUGUCUCAAGACGCCCAAUACACACCUAGCACUCACACACUGGCUGAGGCUAUUGAAUUUGAAUCCUCGUUUGGUAUUUCAAAUAUUGUCCUGGUUCAACCAUCGAUAUAUGGGUUCGACAAUUCUUGCUUGCUUGAUGGGCUGCGUGAGCUGGGUUCUCAACACGGUCGGGCGGUCGUCACAAUUGAUCCUCAAAACAUUCAACAGGAAAUCUUAUUUGAAUGGCAUCAGCUCGGGGUUCGCGGAGUACGGUUGAAUCUCCAAUCCACUGGUAGGCAAAUCAGCCCGGAGGAGCUAGCCGCCUGCGUCCGCCAACAUGCGGAUAUUAUUCGACCCUUCAAUUGGGUUCUACAGCUAUAUAUCUCGUUGAGUAGUGUUAAGGCGCUGUUGGAUGUUGUUCCUAACUUGGGUGUUCGAGUCUGUCUCGAUCACUUCUCAAGUCCGGCUCUACCUCAAGGCGCAGAAACUACUGCUUUUGACCCAUACUCGCUCUCAGGGUUUACCGACCUCGUAUCUCUCCUUAACGGAGGAAAUACGUAUGUGAAAAUAUCCGCACCAUAUCGACUUAGCACCGACCCGCACUUUCAAUUUCUAGGUAUUAUUGCUAAGGAGCUGAUGCGCAUAGCCCCAGAUAGGUUAGUUUUUGCGACCGACUGGCCUCAUACGAGGUUUGAAGGGCUUGAUAUUUCUCCAUUUGUCAAAAUGUGUUUGGAUUGGUGUGGAGGAGAUGGGAUUCUAACAAAAAAACUAUUCCAGCAGAAUGCAGAGGAGCUCUGGGACGCACGGAAAGAGCGAUAA